CUAUGUUGCACCUUAUAUUUAGCAAACACCUGGCGUAUGACCCUAGCAACACAGAAUGGUGCUUCCUCAAGUCUUAGAGCCGUCGCCACGCACGCCGGAGAUGCAUGAGGACCUUCAGGGGGUGUUUGAGUUCGAGCUUGAUACUCCCAGACGGCGCUCGUCCUUGCUGACGCUUGUGCAAAAGCUCUCCGGGAUGCACACUACGGAGCUUUCGGACCCACGGAGCCGAAAGUCAUCGUUGGUGCCAGUCUAUGCUGCAAACAGGCGUCGCUCUUCGCAUCUCCGGCGUUUCAGUGUUAGCAGCGCUGUAUCGGGCCUCAGCAUCGAAGACUACAGCCACCAUGACCCCGAUUCGGCGGUGAUCGAAGAGGACGACGAAAAGGUCACCAUGGAGCGCUUUGUGCCGAUCAAGGUAUUGGGGCGCGGUGCGUACGGUAAGGUGAUUCUCGUGCGCGAUGCCGCGAACCAGAAGUUGUUCGCAUGCAAGCAGUUGAAAAAGGCAAGCCUCAUGGUGGGAGCGACUGCCACGCGCACGAUGGCGGAGAAAAAUAUCCUAGCCUCGAUUCUGCACCCAAACAUUGUCAAACUCUUUUACGCGCUCCAGGACCAGGACAAGUUGUAUUUGAUCUUGGAGUACAUUCCUGGCGGCGAGUUGUUCAUGCACUUGCAAAACAAGCAGCUAUUGGCGGAAGAUGUGGCAUCGUACUAUGCGGCGGAAAUGGCACUCGCAUUAUAUCAUCUCCAUAGGGUGGGUGUCGUGUACCGCGACUUGAAACCGGAAAACUGUUUGCUUGACGCGCGCGGCCACCUUGUGCUCACUGACUUUGGGUUGUCAAAAACAUCCGUCGAUGAUGAAAACAGCUGCAAGUCUAUUAUUGGGACCCCAGAGUAUAUGGCACCGGAGGUGCUUCGUGGCGAGGAGUACAGCUUUCCGGUGGACUGGUGGUCCUUGGGAACUGUCAUCUUUGACAUGAUGAGCGGCAAGCCGCCGUUCACCGGCAACAGCCAUAAGGCUAUUUCCGACAAGAUCCUCAAGAAUAAGAUAAAGUAUCCGUUCUACUUCUCACAGGAUGCGCAGGACAUGUUGAACAAACUUUUGAACAAAAACCCCUCCAAGCGGUUCAAGGUGGACGAAGACUUUGAAAAAUUUAAGCAGCAUCGGUUCUUUCGCAAAAUACAGUGGAAGCAGUUGAUCGGUCAGGACCCGGCUGUGGAGCCGCCGAUCGUGCCCAUCAUCACCGACCCAAUUCUUGCUGAGAACUUUGACCCACAGUUUACCGACAUGAAGCUUAGCUCGAAGGGGAUGGAUAUUGCCGUGCCGGAGGAAGUGGGUGAGGACUUGUUUAACGGUUUUUCAUUCACCGCUAGCGGAAGUUUUAUGGAAAGGUAUUUGUAGCCUGGUGCUUCACCCUGGAGCUAUACCCUGGAGUUCAGUGCUAGGGUUUAGAGUAGCUCUAUGUCACAUUUGAAACGAGGUUCAGGAAGCUAUACCAUUUUUGAUGAAUUGAACAAUUAGGCAUCCAGUAUCACGUUAGCAUAUUUUUUUUUUGAAAAUCCUGAGGGUUGCAGGUAAGUCCUAAAGUAGAAUGAUGCGACUAAAACUAAUACGCAGUGUGAGUUCAUAGUUUAUAGGUACGAUACACCGAUAUUUAUACCAGGA